UCCCACCCUAUUCUCCCUAUAGGACCCCCUUGGCCACCCCUGGGACUAUGGGUGGGUCCCCCAAAUUUAGGAGGGGGUUCCCAUAGUUUGUCCGUGGGCUUGGGGGAGUUUCCCACCCUCUUCUUCCCAUUGGACCCCCCAUGGGCACCCCUGGGACUAUGGGGGGGUCCCCUCAGUGGGAUUGGUCCCCCAAAUUCGGGGUAGGGGGUCCCAAAAUUUGUCCCUGGAUCUGAGGGGCUUCUCCCAACCUUCUUCUCCCCACAGGACCCCCCCUCCAUUCCCACGAUGCUGCCCCGGAGCUCCCGGGCUCUGCUGCUCCUCUGCGCCGGGAUUUUGGGGGGGCUGGGCCUCGCUGCCCCCUCAGAGGAGGUGGGGACCCUCCCCCAGGGAACUGGGGACCCCCUCAAGACACCACGGGAGGAGCUGGGGGAGACCUGGAUGAGGCUGGCGCUGGAUGAGACCCCCGUGGUUCAGCUCCUGGAGGACGUCGCCCACCGGAUGGGGAAUGGGAGCAGCCAGGGGGCCGCAGAGCUCCAGGAAGGACACCGGGUUUUCCCAUCCCACCUCCCUCUGGAGCAGGAAAGACCUCGGGAUGUUUAUCCCCGACGAGAGAGUGCCCUGGUCCUUCAGGAGGUGAUGGAGAAGCUGCAGAGGCUCAACCAGAGCCUGGAGCUGACGUUGGAGGCCUUGGAGGACACACGGAGCCGGCUGGAAAACCACCUGGAGCGCCUCAAGGCCGUUCCCAACCCGGAUGGUCAGAGCCCAAGUGCCACCUCCACCUUCAUCCCACCCGGCUCCUACUCGGCGCUGCUGGUUCUUCUCCUGGUGCUGGCGCUGCUCUGGCUGAUCCUCCUCCUCCUCCUCCUUUUCCUGGCUGCCAGCGCCUUCGGAAUCCCGGAGCUCUCUGCUCUCCUGGCCCUUGCUGUGGCAGGACAGCAGCUGGUGGCAUCCAGAGGGAUCCGGCCGGCGGUUUCCCGGGAAAAAAUCCCUCACCGGCUCACCUCCACCCCGGAGAGGGAAUGCGACCUGGAGCUGCUCCAGGAGGAGCUGGACAGGAUGGAGAUGAGCUGCGUGCGAGGUGACCAUGCUGUGGGAGAUGUGGGGAUCCAGGACACGGAUCCAACACCCUGGCAUGUCCCCCCAUCCAGUGUCAUCCCAGAGCGUCCCCAAGCUCUGCCAGGGCACGUGGCACCAUUCCAAGUGUCCCCAACCUCCGCCUGGAGCACUGGGAGGUGUCUCCAUGUUCUUCCAGAGCCCUCGUACCCGGAGCAGCCCCAGGACAUUCCCGGCUCCGUAGGAUGGGUGUCACCUGUUCCUGGUGGCCGGAGGACGACGUGGAGCUCGCGUGGGGCGACGCCGGAGCCGGUCACGGACGCCAGGAAGCGCCGGGAGCCCAAUCCCUGCAUCCCGAGGGCCACCACGUCCCUGCUGUCCCCACGCUCCCUGUGCCAGGCGCUCACCAGGGCCGGGCAGCGAUGCCGGAAGAAAGCCAUUCCCGGGAAGGACUUGUGCCACAUCCACGCCUCCGGCAGCAGCUCGGCCAUGGAUUCAUCCCCUGCUUUUGACCCUCCACCUCCUCCCUGAGGGGCUUUUAAACCCCCUUCCUUUUUUUUUUUUUUUGGCUCUCCCAGAUCCUGGCAGAGAACACGAGGAUGCCGUUGGAUGUGGGUUCGGGGCAGAGGCUCCUCAUCCCACCAGUUUUAGGUUAUUUGCAUAUAUUUGGUUAUUUGCAUAUAUUUUAAUAAACGCCACGUUUCCAGCUGGA